UACUCAACUAACAGUGAACCGGGAUCAAAAUGGUUUCAGAAUUUCCUUUAGCUUUUCUUUCUUGAUUGUAGUAUUCUUUCCAUCUUUUGGGGCAAAAGCCCAAAAAUCCUUGAUGCUUUGCCCCUUUUUUGCAUGUACCUUUUGUUACAAAGGCUUUGUCGUCAUAGACCAAUCCACACAUAUUCACUUUCUUUUUACACUAAACUGAUUGAUCAGUGUUUAAGAUGGAAAAGACCCAAUUUUGCAAAAUCCAUUCAUGCCCAGCUGAUAAAACUUGGUUUUAAUGGCACUUUUCUGGGAAAUCGUUGCGUUGAUAUGUAUAGCAAAGCUGGCCUUUUUAGUUAUGCUUUGAAAGUGUUCGAUGAUAUAGCUGAUAGGAAUGUCUAUUCUUGGAAUAUAUGCUUGAAAGCGUAUGUACAACAUGGUGAUUUUGAGAAGGCGCGUUUAAUAUUUGAUAAAAUGCCUGAAAGAGAUGUUGUGAGCUGGAAUUCAAUGAUUUCAGGGUAUGUGUCAUGUGGUUUCUCAGAGCAAGCGUUGGAGUUGUUUCUUGAUAUGCAGAAAAAUGGUGUGAGGCCGAGUGGGUUUACGUUUUCGAUUUUGAUCUCGUCUGUUGAGUGUGUCUUUGUUGGUAAGCAAAUACAUUGCAGUAUGUUGAGAAAUGGUGUCGAUUUUUCCAAUGUGGUGGUUGGCAAUUCUUUGAUUGAUAUGUAUGGGAAGGUUGGCGUUGUGGAAUAUGCUCUUAGUGUGUUUUGGAGUAUGAAGGAGUUGGAUGUCAUAUCCUGGAACUCAUUGAUCUCGGCUUGCUGUAAAUCAGGUUAUGAAGAAUUAGCAAUUGACGUGUUCUGUUGGAUGAGAUAUCAAGGAUAUGCAUCAGAUGAGUUUACCGUGUCGAGAGUGAUUUCAGCCUGUUCUGGCUCGCGGAAUUUGGAAAAGGGUAAACCAAUUUUAUGUCUUUGUAUAAAGAUGGGGUUUUUCUCGAAUACUAUUCUUUCAAGUGCUGCUAUUGACUAUUUAUCUAAAUGCAACAGAAUGGAGGACUCGGUGCAUAUAUUUGAAGAAUCUAGUAUUUGGGAUUCAGCUCUUUGCAAUUCCAUGAUUUCAGCAUAUGCACAGCAUGGUUUAGAAGAGAAAGCAUUUGGGCUUUUUGUCGAUUCAAUUAGGGAGAAUAUUAGGCCCACUGAGUUCACUCUUAGCUCUGUUCUCAAUUGUGCUUCAGCCUUCUUAGCGUUGGAGCAGGGAAGUCAAGUCCAUUCUUUAGUGAUCAAAUCAGGGUUUGAAUCAGAUUCUAUUGUUUCCAGUUCACUUGUAGACAUGUACUUUAGAUUUGGAUUAGUUGAUGCUGCCCUGGGGAUCUUUGCUACCAUGGUUGUGAAAGAUCUAAUAGCUUGGAAUACUGUAAUAAUGGGAUUGGCUCAUAAUGGAAAAUUUCUUGAAUCUAUUGGCCUUUUCAAGCAACUAAAAUCUAGGGGACUAGAGCCAGAUAAGAUUACAUUUUCUGGUGCUCUAUUGGCAUGCAGAUACGGUGGAUUGCUUGAAGAAGGAAUGGCUAUAUUUUCUUUAAUGGAAAAGGAUUAUGGAAUUGCACCCAGGGAUGAACAUUAUGCUUGUGUUGUGGACUUGAUGAGUCGAGCAGGUAAACUUAAAGAAGCAAUAGCUAUAAUGGUAGUUAUGCCCCAUCCACCCAAUGCUCUGAUGUGGGAAUCAAUACUUUGUGCUUGUAGAAUUUAUGGAGAUUUGAAACUUGUUGAAAAAGUUGCAGAGAGAAUGAUUGAUUUGAAAAUAGAGUCAUUAUUGUCUUGUUCACUGUUGGCUCAAGUGUACGAGCACAAUGGUAGAUGGGAGAGCCUAGUUAGAGUAAGGAGGUUUAUGAAGCAGAAAUAUGAAGUGUUUGAUUCUAGUUGGGUUGGAUUUGGAGGCAACUUAUUUGCUUUUAAAACAAACGAAACAUUUCACCAAGGUGGUGAGGAUGUCUAUUCAUUGUUGAGAUUAUUGACCCUGGAGAUGCAUGAUCAAGUUUACCUAUGACAGCACUUUUUUGGGUGUAAAUUGGAAGAGCAGGUUGUAAGUAGAACAGAAGCAUGGAGCAACGUGCAUUUUUGCACCAGAGUUAUCCUUUUACCGAGAAUCUAUUAAGCAUACACAUAUUUUGAAGUGGAGGAGUUGCUAUUGCGUUUGCUUAUACUUUCAACGAACCUGGAUACAUCAGCGUUUUAACUUGUGCUUUGAAUGAGAACAGCCUCAAUAUCUUAGAUAUGGAACAAGACCAAAGAAUGGUCAAAACAAGCAACUGAAUUUUUCCCUAUUAGCAUGAAGACUGUCUCAUAUUCCUUAAUUGUUCUUGAGUUGAAGAGACACCUCAACAUAUAUUCAUUUUGGGACAUUUCUGCUGCUAUUUCUUGGAUGACAGUAAGUUCAAUUGUUCUGAUAUUCUCAACAAGGAAUCCUGUUUUGAUGACUCAGAGGAUCUAAGCCAGGAAACUUUCCUACUCAUGUUCAUCCUGCAAGGUCAGUGUUUCCACUGGCGAUAUGGAAGCUCCUUGGUAAGCCCUAUGAUAUCAGCAAAGCUACUCAACUACUUGUUAGAUAAUGGUUACUCGGUAGUAACAGUCUUGACCGAAUUAAUGGUUUAUACUUGUAUUAAACAUGCCAGUGUAGAUAAUGUCAAUCCUUUAUGUUAAAAAAGAUCUAUGGUCAUUGCUUAUGCUA